AAGGCCAGGUUGGAGGGGGCUUGGAGCAGCCAGGGACAGGGGAAGGUUUCCCUGCCAUGGCAGUGGUGGCAGUGGAUGGAGCUCAAGGCUCCUUCCAAGCCAAUCCAUUCCAUGAUUCCAAAGAUUGACGGCUCUGAGACAGAGUCAUUUGGUGACAUCAUGGCCUGAACUGCUGUUUGCUGCGAGUUCUAAAGCACCACCACGGUGACACAAGCAAUGCUACAGUGACAUGAGAAGGACCACUGUGACAUCGGCAGCACCACUGUGACACAGGAACUGCCACAGCUCCAGCUCAGGUCUGCAUCCCAGGUGACUGCAGCCAGUCCUGCCUCGCCAUGGACCUGGUGAUGCGUCUCGUGCGCGCUCUGCUCCUGCUGGCCCUGCUGCUGGCAGUAGCCCCCUCCCCGAGAGUGGCCAAGGAGCUCUGCCCAGAGCCCUGCCGCUGCCCAGGCCGUCGGCAGCUGAACUGCGGCCACGCCGGCCUGGCCACCGUGCCCCCGGCCAGCCGCCGCCGAGCCCUGACCGUGCUAGAUUUCACUGGCAACUCCAUUGCUACUGUUGGAAAACAAGCCUGGAAGGACUACCCAUGGACUGAGACCUUAGUGCUCAGAGACAAUGAGCUGCGGGCUGUGAAGAGCCAUUCCCUGGAGGGGCUGUUCCUGCUGAAGCACCUGGAUUUGUCCUGCAACGAGAUCCUGUCCAUUGAGGAACGGGCUUUUGAGCCACUGCCUUUCCUGAAGUUUCUAAAUCUCUCCGGGAAUGGCCUCACACAGAUCCGCAGCGGCACUUUCCAGGCCUGGCAUGGGAUGCAGUUCCUCCAGGAGCUGAUCCUCAGCCACAACCCACUGGCUGUCAUUGCUGACGCUGCCUUCUUCAAGCUGCCCUCCGUGAGCUCUCUGUAAGUAUUGGCUCAUCUGGAGCAGAUCCACAGAGACCUGUGUCUCUCUCGA